CAUGAUGAGACGAUCUUAUUUAUUGGUUCGAAGUGUGUUUGUUACCUUCUCACUGUCACCAGGGCACCUUAUUAAACGAGGUACGCAAUCACAACUACUUUCGUGAGCAAUUCAAGUUACACAUCCAUGUAUUAACCCGCGUUGGAUGUCAAGAAUGGACCAGUUUUACGCAAAAUCGCCAAAAUGUGUGUGGAUGAGAAGUGCGUGUGCAUCGUCCAAUCAGAGACUCGUUUAGAUGUGUAGAGCCUCGGAAAAUAUUUAGUCUGGUAUUUGGAUUCUUUGUUGACCUUCGGUUUUAGUAGGAAUAUUUCUAAACAAAGGAAGUACCACGAAUUACCAUCAUGAUACACACCAACAGAAAUAAACUGGAGGCUGCGGUGAGACCUUGGUGGGUGCCAUCUGUUGGCCGCAACAAGAAAGAGCGAUCUAAUUUCUCAGUGUGCACUAUGAAGCAAAGCUACAUGCAGCUUGCCAGAGUCUUUUCGGAUGAUGAUGCCCAGAUCAACAAGAAGUUGCCAAAAGAAUUGCUGCUUAGGAUAUUUUCAUACCUAGACGUUGUAUCAUUGUGUCGAUGUGCACAAGUCUCCAAGGCCUGGAAUGUUCUUGCACUUGAUGGCAGUAAUUGGCAGCGGAUAGACCUUUUUGACUUUCAAACUGAUGUUGAGGGUCCAGUCAUUGAAAACAUUUCUCGUCGAUGUGGAGGGUUUCUGCGCAAGUUGAGUCUGCGUGGCUGUCAAUCCAUAGCUGAUGGUUCCAUGAAGACGUUUGCUCAGUUGUGUAGCAAUGUGGAGGACCUAAACCUCAAUGGCUGUAAGAAGAUCACAGACAGUACCUGUCAAUCGCUGAGCCGCCACUGCCCUAAGCUGCAGCGCCUUGACCUUGGCUCCUGUUCAGCCAUCUCUGAUCUCUCGCUCAAUGCCCUUGCUGAUGGCUGUCCUUCUCUUACCCACAUAAACAUAUCUUGGUGUGACCACAUUACAGAAAAUGGUGCAGAGGCUCUGUCUCAUGGGUGUCCGAAGCUCAAGUCGUUCAUAGCCACAGGUUGUCUUCAGAUUAAUGACAAGGCAGUGAGCUGUUUAGCUCACCACUGUCACUUCCUAGAAGUCAUCAACUUGCAUGGAUGCACGGAUAUCCAGGAUGAAGCAGUACAGCAGCUUGCUGAGAACUGUUCACGUUUACACUAUCUAUGUUUAUCAGGCUGUUCUCACUUGACUGACACAUCACUCAUUGUCCUUGCACAGCAGUGCCACAUGCUGAGCACCAUUGAGGUGGCUGGCUGUUCACAGUUUACAGACACAGGCUUCCAAGCGCUUGCCAGGAGUUGUCGGUUACUAGAGAAGAUGGAUCUGGAAGAGUGUGUGCUGAUAACAGAUGCAACUCUAAUCCACCUGGCAAUGGGAUGCCCUCGUCUGGAGAAAUUGAGUCUGUCCCAUUGUGAGCUCAUUACGGAUGAGGGUAUUCGCCACCUGGGGACAUCCCCUUGUGCAGCUGAGAAUUUGACAGUUCUAGAGCUGGACAACUGUCCCCUAAUCACUGAUGCUUCCUUGGAGCACCUCAUUUCAUGCCAUAAUCUUCAGCGCAUUGAGCUGUACGACUGCCAGCUUAUCACACGUGCUGGAAUACGGCGACUCAGGCUGAACAUCGUGGCUGAGUGGUUAACACUCCUGCUUUGUAUUCAAGAGGUCCUGGGUUCAAGUCUCAGUCUGGAGACUGGCUAUCCUGGCUGAGGAUUUUGUGGUUUUUCUCAGUCCCUCCAGGUACAUGCCACAAUGGUAUCUUUAAUUAGGCCAUGACUCUUUCCUUCCAUAUCAUUUCUUAUUCAUUAAUGAUCCUAUUGUUAUUGCUAUAUUGUCUGAGCUGCUGGUAGCGUCAUUAAAUAAGCCACAAAUAGAUAAAUAACAUCUCUGAAACAGCUGAAUAAAUUUAAUGAAGUUAGUAAUGAGUUCUACAUCAAAAGCAUCAGUAAAAUUUUAUUUGGUCUGUGUCAGACCAGUAUAACUUCUACUUUUCUUGAAGCUAAGUUUGAUAUUUAUUGAUUUUCUCAAAAGUAGCCCAUUAUAGAAAUUACUGGUAAGUGACAUAAAAUAUAGAUCCCAUUAUAAUGUUCUAUAACUUUCAUUUGAAAUAUUUUUCAGUGUGAUCAAUAUUUAACAAAAUAUAAUUUCUAAUUCUCUGCAGCAUGAUUAACUUUUCAAAUAUAGAUUUUUAUCUGCAGUAAAUGAACAUAAGGUCAGUACAUUCAGUAUUCACAGUGGUAAAUAAUGCCUUUGUUAAAAUAUGCACUCAAUUGGAAUAUGUCUCACUUUUACAUCAUGAUGCAUCUCAAGUCUCACACUCUAUGGCCAGCAUAUAAAAUUGUGUGCAUGAAUGUAGAAUGAUUUUGAAACUUCUUUGGCAGCAUUUUUGUUACACAGGAAUGACUCACAAUGUUAAUCCCACAGACCAAAUUCCUGUGAGGUGUCAGUUCUCUCAGAUCUUACUUUUUAAUGUUCAUUUUAUGUCAUGUCAGUCACUAAAUCAGUUAAUGAUGUCUUGGCCAGCAGAAUCACCUGCCUAACAUCAAGGUGCAUGCAUACUUUGCUCCUGUGACACCCCCACCCACUGCUGGUGGGUCCAGGCAACGCUACUGCCGCUGCUGUGUCAUCUUGUGAACUAGUUGUUCCUAACACAUCGCACAACAGGACCAAAGUGUUAAUGUGCAGAACAUUUCUGCAAACAACUGAAAACUUUAUUUAGGUUUGGGCCUGAUGCCCACUCUUUGCACUGAGUAAUUAAUUAAGAGUGACAUAAGAUAGUAGAUCUGAUUUUACAGAAGAUCUGCUCAUUAUGUGAUCUGGGCAGUGUGCACACCAAACUAGACUGAGCUUGUAUGGCCAGAAUUCCUUUCCCCCCCAUGAUAUAAUUGUUUUAUGUUAUAUGUGUUUGAUGAGUGUGCUUACCACUCCAUUCUGUUGCAUAUAGACUAGUGCAAGCUCAACACCCUACAUGAUGAAAGAGAAAAAUGUGGUAAUUUAAGAAGCGAAUGUCUUAGGAAUGUAUGAACAAAGAAGAGAGGAUCAGGAUUAUAAUGUGGCUGGAUCCAUUACUUUAUUUCAAUUUUUUCAUAUUUAAAACUAUUACAAGUGCCAGAUAAUGUUUUGUGUCUUCUCAUACUGAUGAUAUGAUAAUAGACCACAAGUGAUGAGUAGUAAGGAAAGGCUGAAAGAUUUGAAAACUAUGUGCCCCAUUUGAGGUUUCCAGAUGUGCGUUUGUUAGCUUCCUGGCUGUCUUUUAGUCUGUUUGCUCCUCAUUGUGAAUUUUAAAUGUCUGUGUGCCUUAUGCCCCCUAUUGUGGGAAAUAUUCCUAUACAUUUUAGUUCUUUUUUUAUUGUUAUCCUCAUUAUUUUUCCCAAGAAUAACCAGCUUGUGUUUUUAGUGUUUGAAAGUAAAUACCAGUACCUUACAGUAUGAGGAAGCAAACAGCACUUAUGUAUCAGAGUUUCUCAUAAAAAGAAUCACAGUAUAUCGGUCUCAUUGUGAAUUUUUUGAGCUGCAGCAACAGCAGCUCUUGAGUAUAAGAUUUAUUAAUAUCUUGGAUGGCUCUUCCUCACAGGUCCUAUUCUAUCUGUUUCAUGCGUAAACCUGGAUCACAUGUCCAAUUUAACACAAAACAUUACUUUACUGGUGGGUGGGUAAAAAGUGCUAAAGCCAGUGUUUAUAUAAGAUACAAUGGCUUCUAAUAGGUUUUUAUCUGUUUUAGUUUUGCUUCUAAAAAUGUCCUUUAGGGUUUAUGUGCCAAAACUUAAGAUCUUCUCUAUAUAGCACAUGUUAAGAUGAAGCAGUCUUAAUCCUUGGUAGUUAUUUAUUUAGUGAUCAGUUAUUUAAUAAUGGUGUUUCAGCUGCACAGAUUAUACAGUGCCUCAUGAGAGGGUAAAACUCUGGAAGGAGGUGGCUAUGCCCCAUUUCUGUGUACUAUUCCAGAAUUUACCUGUGGAGACUGAGGAAGAUCAUGACAAUUCCUCUGUGAGGAUAGCCAGUAACCCAGCCAAGAUUUAAAAACUGGGUACCUCCUGAAUGCAUGUGUAUAGCACUGCUGCUACAUCUGCUUGCUUGGUUUGUCUGUGAAGGAAUUAAGACUAUAAAUAAAACUGAUGUGGAAUAUGAGGAAGCUUUAAAUGUCAUUCAGCCACAAAUGUGGUCUUGAAUGAAAGGCAAAGGGAACAUUGAUUUCAAUGUUGAUAGCCUUAUUUAAAUUUUUGGUGAGAAAAUAUAGUUACUAGAAGGAACAUGAGUUAUAAGGAGUGUUCAGAAAUGGUUGGGACUCACCUGGAAUAUAGGCUAAGUAAUGAUGAAAGCUUCACAAUCACAUGUCAACAGGCAUGUAUAAUUUUGUAUAUGUCACAUAUUUUUGUGAAACUGCUGUUACCCAGUUAUUAUGUAUAAUUUUCCAUUAUUACUUCAUCUCAUUUCAGAAUUUGUUCUGGAAGUAUUCAACUGUUCAACGCUAUACAUUUUCUAUAAUGUUGUACAAUAAUAUACUCAAGAGUUGUGUUCAUGGCUGUGUUUACUAGUGUGUACUGCAUUGUAUCUUUUACACAUUUCUUAUGACACACAAAAUUAAUGCACCACAUUGGGACCAGAAUAGCAUAUCCAUAAUUUUGUUACUUUUCAGGAUAGAAGAAAAAUUUUGUUGUUUAUUUUUCAUUGUAACUUAUUACAUGAGUCACUUUCAAUGGCACUGAGGUUUAGGCACAUUCACACCCCUACAAUGUGCCUGUUAAAAGAAAAGCAAAGAAAAUCCUGUGCUGUUGCUGGAACCACUGCACCACCAAGGCCUUCAUGCCUUUUUCUGACCCAAAUCUAUGACUAUUAGUGCUUUCUUGGGAGAUGCCAAACACAUGGUAUCACAUGAACGGCUGUACUCGUUAGCAUUGCUGCAAACCAGUUUCAUUUCAGCUACCCACCUAUCUCAGUUGAUUGUUUUGCAUCAUACUUUUUCAUUUUUUGUCAUAUUAUGCUUAUGAGCACCAUGUUAUGUUUUCAUCAGUUUAGUGUCAAAAAGUAACAUCAAGGAUGGUUUUCAUUUUAUUCAAAUUUUAUGAUGCUGUAGUAUACUAUACUGUGAUAUGAAACAGUGAAGAAAAUGGUUCCUUGUAACUUGCCAAAGAUGAUUUCAUCUCUGCAUUCAAAAUUUGAACUUGCAUUGAGAUUUGUUCCAAAAAAUGAAUUUAUUACUCAUCUCUAACUAUUUAUGUGGCAGCACCCAGGUAUAAGAGAGGCUAAAGAAGUAUUGUUUAUAAAGGUACAUGUGUUGGAGACCAGUCAGCUGAGGUAUGGGGAGGAAGAGAAAGUGAUAGCAUAUAAGGUGUUUUUCUCACCCCUUGCCCCUACCAUCUGCGACAUAGCUGUGGCUUGCAGAUAUUUUGCAACCAGUAUACUUGUGGGGGUAACUUGUGCGCCUCAAGCAGGCUUCUUGUUGGGUGUACACAAGUGUCUCAAGAACAUUUGUUACGUGUCUUGGCAUUGAUAGUAUCAGUUUGUAUUAUCAGACACAAGCGUAAAAUAGUGUGUGGCACUUGUAAUAGUCCCUUUACCCAUACUCAACAACUUCUUCCUGUUAGUGAUAAAACUGCUAAGAAAGUUUUUAGGAAUAAACAAAAACAAAUUUUGCCUCAAUAAGCCUGUGAUAUAAUAACUUAAUAGACAGUAAAAGGAACAUAAUUAUUAUAAUAAAAAAUUAUUGCAUUUAAAAUUAUUUUAAAAAUAGUUUUAAAAACUGCAUGCCAAUGUAGAUGGUAUUUUUGUUCUGCUAAAAGAGUGCAUUGAGCUUUAUUAAGCCAACUGCAGUGCAAAGACAAAAUAGAAAAAUCAUUUAGUUUUACAAAUGCAUUGCUUGACUGUGUUCCAUUAUUAUUAUCAUCAUUAUUACUGUUGUCUCUUGGGUGUUUUUACAGCCAAAACAAGUAUGAUUCACACAGAUGUGAUUCAGGUAGAUAUUUUAAGCAACUGUUGCAUUGUCUUAUUAUCUCUAUUAAUGAAAUGUAGGUGUGUGAUAAGAGGACUAGUGUCUUCCAAGGACACACUGACAUUUGUCCAAGGAAGUGACAUUAGUGUUGUUUGUAUGACUUUAAGACUGAGACAUGUUAUUUAAAAAAGUGUAUUUUGUACUGCAGACAAGUAUUGAUGUUAAGGGAAGAUUUUAUAUAUUAUAGAAAUGCUUUCAUGGAUGGAGAAGAAAUUUGUGCUAUUGAUGUUUGAGUUUACUUUCCUGUGUGAGCAAUGUUUAGAGCAUUAAUUCUCUGUUAUGCUAAUGUCAUUUAAAUCUGUUUUGUUAAUAAAAACUUAAAAUGUUUCUAAUCA